AAGAGCAGAGGAGACGACUGGCAGCUGCUGGGAGCAGAAGAGAAGGCCAGCUGCUAUCUCCCUCGCUUCUACCUACCUCCCGCCCAUGAGCUGCAUCAGAGGAGGAGGAGCAGAGGCGAUGCAUCAGAGGAGGAGGAGCAGAGGAGAUGCAUCAGAGGAGGAGGAGCAGAGGAGAUGCAUCAGAGGAGGAGGAGCAGAGGAGAUGCAUCAGAGGAGGAGGAGAUGGAGCAUAGGUGGAGCAGAGGAGGUGGCUCAGCUGAGGAGGAGCAGAAGAGGAGACGAGGAGCAAACCCUGUGCCUGCCUCUUCCCAUUUCACAGCAGCACAGGAGACGGAGCAGCAGAAGAGAGGAAGGAGAGACAAAGGAGAUGAUGGAGAAGAGGAAGGAGAUGGAGUGUUGGAGAGACAUGGAGCAGAGGGCACGGAGGAGAAGGCACGGAGGGGGAAAGGCCAAAGGAGCAGAGGAGCAGUGAACCGCACAGCUGCGAUUCCCCCCAACUCUGAAGGCAUGGAGGGGAGAAGGCACGGAGGGGAGAAGGCAUGGAGGGGAGAAGACAUGGAGGGGAGAAGGCAUGGAGGGGAGAAGGCAUGGAGGGGAGAAGGCACACAGGCACGGCUGAGCAGAGGAGCAGCAGUGGGAGAAAAUGAUGCUGCCUCCCUCCCAUGUGCUGCUGCUGCUGGUGCUGUGAAGUGGUGGAGUGGUGCUGUGAAGUGGUGGAGUGGUGCUGUGAAGUGGAGUGGUGCUGCUGCUGCGUUGGGAGGCGGUGCUGCUGCUGCUGCAUUGGAGGUGGCACCCGCAAAAGAGAAGGCCAGCAGUGACACCAGCAGUGGCAGCAGCAGUGGUGCUGCACUGGAGGGGGAGUGGUGCUACACUGGAGGGGGAGUGGUGCUGCACUGGAGGGGGAGUGGUGCUGCACUGGAGGGGGAGUGGUGCUGCACUGGAGGGGGAGUGGUGCUGCACUCGAGGGGGAGUGGUGCUGCACUGGAGGGGGAGUGGUGCUGCACUGGAGGGGGAGUGGUGCUGCACUGGAGGGGGAGUGGUGCUGCACUGGAGGGGAGUGGUGCUGCAUUGAAGAGCAAAGAGCAAAGGAGCACGGUGGUAGACAACUAUUCACUGCCGAUGGUGAUUCUUUUUCUUACUUUAGUUGUUCUAGGAGAGGGAGCAGCAGAGGAGAGGGAGCAGCAGAGGAGAGGGAGCAGGGGAGGAGAGGGAGCAGAGGAGUUGGCUCAGCUGAGGAGACGAGGAGCAAGGGCGCACGGUGGAGAAGGUCGAGACACGGCAGCAGAGGAGGCGGAGCAGCAAGAGGAGAUGGAGGAGCAGAGGCGAGAGGAAAUGAAGGGAUAUGAGCAGCAGAGGAGGUGGAUCAGCCAUGGAGAAAAAGGUGAAGCAGAUAUGGAGGGGAAGGAGCAGAGGCAAAGGACACGCAUCAGAGGAGGAGGAGAUGAAGCAGCUGUGAAGGGGAUGAAGCAGCUGUGA